AUGCCUCUUGAACAACUUGAACAUAGAGGCUGUUGCAUUAAAGAAAAUUCCCUUGUGGUGAACUUUCCAAUCGGAAACGAUAUAGAGCAGGAUGAGGGGGCUUAUAAAGAGAUUCCCAUCACUCAUCACGUGAAGGAGGGCUGUGAGAAGGCCGACCCCAGUCAGUUUGAGCUGCUCAAGGUUUUGGGACAAGGAUCUUUUGGGAAGGUGUUUCUUGUGCGGAAGUUAGUGGGUCCAGAUGCUGGCCAGCUGUAUGCAAUGAAAGUGCUCAAAAAGGCCUCUUUAAAAGUGAGGGACAGAGUUCGCACAAAGAUGGAAAGAGAUAUUCUGGUGGAAGUCAACCAUCCUUUCAUUGUGAAAUUGCACUAUGCCUUUCAGACAGAAGGGAAACUCUAUUUAAUUUUGGAUUUUCUCAGGGGUGGGGAUGUAUUUACUCGUUUAUCCAAAGAGGUAAGCAUCUCUCAUGUGUUAUGCUUUUAACCUAAAUUCCCUGCCUAAUUUAGAUCCCCAGAUCGAAAUUAAACAAUUUGAGGUGGUUUCCCAUACAGGGCUUAACACUAGUCCUAGACUAAAUAAAUGUCUAAACUGAAAACAGCUCCGAUCCAAACCAUUCUGGGGCACCGUUGACUAACAUUUUAAUAUUUUCUACUUUGGUAAAUGGUAAAUGUAAAUAUUUACAUUUCAUGGUGGUGUGGUAUUACA